CCGCCAAGGAUUACAAGAGAGGAAGAAAACAAUAAACCUCACUUUCAAAGUUGCCUAGUCGUUCUCUUUGUUAGUAUUAUUUCCUACCAGUUGGCCUCAGGUGAAUAAGCAGAUAAUUAAAUAUGUUUUUUCAUUCAUUGCGUCCAUGAAUGUGUGCAUAUGCCCAAACUGUUAUUUCAAAAAUUGUGCUGCAGAGUCGAGUACUAGUACUAGGUUCCCGUCCGUCGAGAGGCCUGAGAGGAGAUUGAGCUUGAGAUUCAAAUAAAUUAGUUAUAGUUUCCUAGAAUUCUAUUUAAUAUAUAUUAUUUAUUAUUGUUAUGCCAAAAGUACCCACUAAAACUGAUGUAUUGGUCUAUGUGUCUAUGUCCCAGACUUGGAGAUCGGUUUCAAAUUUAAUUUGAUUGUAGUCACCAACUAAAUCCAGGGACUUGAGGGACACUGUUCUCUUAACUUUGUAAAUAGUAAAUCCUAGUCCAUUAACAAAAUUAAAUUAACACACUGUUACACACACACUGAAACUGGAUAACUGAAGUUUCACUCAGAUUCACUGAACUCAACAGGCAGAACAGUACCGUUAGUGACUAUUAACAAUUGUAGUAGUAACAGGCCUGACUUGUGACUGAGUAAUGUUGUAAUGUGUGUAGUGUACUGAACUGUGUUCCAGUGAACUUCUUUUUUUUUAAUUUCAUUUAAUUAAAUGAUUAAAUUUAAAUGAUUUAAUCAUCAAUUAAAUUUCUUGUCAUGAGUCAUAUGAUGUAUGAUUGUAACUUAACAUCAUAGUUGGUUAUAGUGUUAUAGUUUGAUGAACCAUUCUCCGCAACUCUGAUGCACACCACAAAUUCAAAUAAGCCUAAAAAAUGAGUUAGCUCACAAUAGUAUUUUAUCAUAACUGACCCCCAGAGUUAUUUGAGCUUUAUACUUCUUACUACUAUUACUACUUGGCCAGUAAAUUCUGUCCAAGUAGUAAUAGUAGUUCACUGGCCAGACAAAAUCAGCAACCAGGAACUGUGGCAGCGGACAAAACAGAAGCCCAUUGAGGAAGAGAUUCUCCAGAAGCGGUGGAGGUGGAUUGGUCAUACACUAAGAAAACCUGCUUCUAACACAACAAAGCAAGCCCUGAAAUGGAACCCACAGGGUAAGCGGAAAAGAGGCCGUCCAAGAAACACUUGGCGCCGAGAAUUGGAGACAGACAUCAAGAAAAUUGGCCAUGAAUGGAAGAUCCUGGAGAAGCUGGCCCAGGAUAGAGAUGCCUGGAGGUCUCUCGUAGGUGGCCUAUGCCCUUGGAGGAAACGCAGACGCCGACGAUGAUCGGUGGAUGCCCCUCAUGGACGAGAAGGCUCAACAAAAACUAUUACUACUUAUAGUCAAUGUUCCCUCUAAGCUGCGCGGCUGCGCAGCAAUCUUACAGAUGCUGCACAGAAGUUUUGAGUACCACGCAGCUAAUUUCCACUUAUGUGUCUGUAGGCUGAAAAUUUUGCACACAAAAAAAUUGAUGCUGUAAAAAUUUGCACACAACUUUAUGAUUUUGCACCCGAACAAACAAACCUUAGAGGGAACAUUGCUUAUAGUUAUUGUCCAAUAAUUUAAUGAAUUAAUUGUGUACUUGCUUCGACAUUAUGCAUACAUAUAUUUAAGUUGAGCCUGCAUACCCUAUCUAAAAUUAUUAUUCAUCAUAAGUCUAAAGUGAUUCUAGCUUGUUAGUCUUUAUUAAGUACUAAAUACUGAUUUUACAGAUUAUAACAGAAUAUCAUAUUCAAUAAUUAACAAAUAAUUCUUCACUUCACAGCUCACGCUUUGCAUGAGGACAUCUAGAUUAAGGAUUUUUAACAACAAAACGUAAGUAACUUUACAAAUUCGGAACUUAUCUAAAAUCUUUGUGGCUCUUAAUUAUUUGCAGAAUUGACCCAAUUAUUUGGCAUCCUUAGUGAAAUUUUAACACUGUUUUUAACAAGUAAGAAGAUCAAUAAUUUUGUUGUUAUAAUAUAAAUAUAAAUAAUAAAAACAGAUUUUGUCAUCACUUGUGGUGAUUCAGUAAUGUGUUGUUUAAUUUAAACUAGUUUUAGGGUAUUCGUGAUUACGCUGAAUGAGAAUAUUUAUUCUUAUUCUCGUGUGAGAAUAUUAAUUCUUAUUCUCGUGUGAGAAUAUUUAUUCUUAUUCUCUUGUGAGAAUAUUUAUUCUUAUUCUCUUGUGAGAAUAUUUAUUCUUAUUCUCUUGUGAGAAUAUUUAUUCUUAUUCUCUUGUGAGAAUAUUUAUUCUCUUGUAUUUUUCACAUACUUUGGAAAAAUAAUCAUCAUUCAGAUUCAGUGGCCAGUUGGGCAUGUGCCUUUCUGCCUGCAGGCAUGGUGAAGAUUUUACACACUCUACUCACUGUUCUUUGUUUGAAUAAAGAGUGUUGAUGUCAGGUGUUUUUGUGGUAGUUUAGUUGUAAGUCCUGAAAUGCCAAGCGAUUGAAGAAGUGAUGUGUUACUGUUUCAUUUGGAUUUCUGCAGAGGGGACACCUUGGUGUUUCAUCUGGUUUUAUGAGGUCAAGGUGGGAAUUUAGUUGUUUGUGUCCUGUGCCCAUGCGAAAGAUUAUGACCAACUAGUGUCUUUGGAAGCAAUUUAUUGGGUCUUUGGGGUUGGACUGGGCAUGUGUGUGAAAACACAUCUUCCUCUGAGCCCAAACCCCAUUCAUUUAAUCACUCCUCUUUUUUUUUAGCUCUGAUAAUCUGCUUUGCAGUGUUGAGUGAUGUAGGUGUAUUUGGCUGUUCUUUGGAUGCUCUCUCUUUCACUAGUUUGCUCUUUCAUUUGAUGGUAAAUUGUUGUGUCCUCUUAUCCAUUGUAAAGUUAGCUUGAUUGCAUAGGUUUUGAGGAAAGUGCGUAUUUUCAGAAGUAUUGAUUUUGCGGUUGUGAGAGGCCACAAUGUAGCAUUGAUUUGUUUAAUUCUAUUGUUUGGGCUCUAUUUGUAAACCAUUUGUCUAUUUGGAUGUUACUUUUCGAAUAUUCUGUACUUUUCAGCCAUCUCGAUAACUGCUUAAGAUUUGGUGUCUCAAUAUUAGUAUGUAUUUCGCAUGCUGCUGUUUGGUUAGAUCUUAGUCGAUACACAACACACCCCCCCCCCCCCCCCCCAUUAAAUCAACUGCCUGGCUUCGUACAUUUCCUUGAGUCCUGUAAUAUCUUUCUGAAAAUGGUAUGCUUCACAUCACGACCAGUCAUACAUAUACAUCCAUGAGGAUCCAACUUCUAGGUCAACCACAUGGGGAGCAUUGAAAGAAGUAGGAUAAAGACUAGAAGAAGACACCUGCUCGAGGGAGAGUAGGGGCUGGGUUAGUGUAACAUGACAUGUUUUACAUUUUGCUCUAAGAGGAAUGCCCUGCUUCCUCUGAAGAGCCCAUUUAUAAUGCUGGAGGUUUGGUCACACCUGGCUCUGUUAAAAACAGUGAGGGUCAGGACAACAAAAGCAGAAGUACUUUCAUGAAGGGCCCAUUCAGACACACUUAGGUAGGAGAAGCCAUAUUUCAGAGGUAUCCAGAAAUAGAUGAGGCAGCAUCUGGGCAGUCACUAUCUUUAAACUGGAGAGGCCUUGUCAUGCACAUCACUGUUUUUUUUGUCUUAACUUUUGUAGUUUCUAGAGGCAUAGGCAUUAGUGGUCAGUGCUAAAACAGAAAAACAGGACAUUUCUCUAAGUUUGGUAGGAUGCAAGCCCUGUGCAUGAUUCGGUUAAUGAUUAAAGUUUUGUCAAUUGAAAGGAAUUUUAAAAGGAUGUUAGCAGUAGUCUGUGUAUGAAUGCUGGUAGUUAACAUCUCUUACAGUGCUAACAUUUUGACCGUUUAAAUUAUAUCAUUUCUGGCACUGGAGAUGUCAGUAAUUCUACUGUGCAGGUUUUUCGCAAAUGUGGCCCUUUAUGCAAAUAGUUAAUGACCUCUGGUAAAAAUAUUCCAAAAUGGAAGAUAAAAAGUGUACAAUGUAAGGUAAUGUUUGAUUAUCAACAAGAAUUUUGUGGGAGCUUAAGCUAUCAAUAGCUUAAAGCAGGCCUUCACAAUAUCAGACUUGCCAACCCUUUCGAUUUUGUCAGAAUUAUGCUGAUUUUUUACCUUUAACUCCGACCUUCCAACAAAUACCUUAAAUUUCCGAUUUUUCUAACUUUAUAAUUUUUUUCACCCGUUAUAAAAAUUCGAAAGUCACCACAAAAAAAAUACGUCAGAAAUAUCCUAUUUGUUUUUACCAAGUGUCUACAAGUCAGGUGACCAGACGAAUAAGGGAAUAAGUUCUUGAGAUAUUGGCCCUGCACUAUAUAUUUGACCAAAUAUUUGUACGACAGCUUUGUCAUAUGACCGCUAAGUGUCUAUCAGAGUUUACGGUACUUCAUUUCAACAAAUUCAAGAUAGUCUGGAUAUUUACAUGAAAAAAGAAACCAAUUCUACAAAAGAAAUACCUAGAGCCAUUGCUGGUAUAUCUAUAAUGAACGAUUGGUUAAAAGUGACAAUGUUUUUUAUAAAGCGUGACAUGCCCGCCGGAUGAAUAUCUCCCACGCUAUUUGUCUGGUUGCCUGACGUAGAAACACUGACUUGUUUUUAUCUAAGUCAACCGGGAUCUUAAUCGUUCUUCAAUCAUCAAUUGAUCCGAUCGUUAUUCAUCCUUUUACAAGGCUAAAAAAUAAUUCAGAUUUUGUUGUUGUUAAAGCUUUACUUAGUUAAAUCAUCAAAUCUAUUGAAAGUGGUGGGUACAACAAUGAUAUUAAUAAAAAUAUAAACAUAUUUAAACUCUCCCCCCCCCCCCCCCCCAAAAAAAAAAAAAAAAUAUUUAAACCCCCCCCCCCCCCCCCCCACAUAAAAAAACCAACAACAUACAACUGCAGCUAAAAGUAAAAGCAAUCCAUGUCUAAUUAAAAGUUUAUUUGCUAAGGAAUCUGAUCGUUUUAAUGCCAAAGAAAUGUUUCCAGACUGGCAGAUUGCUAGUUACUCUUUCUAACUUGCUUGUAACUAAAAUCAAUUGCAAUGCUGAUGCUAACCUUCAUUUGUCCAAAGAGCUGUUGGACUAGUGCAAAAAGGCCACUAGGGAUAUGCUGGAAAACUGAACUCUUAGCAGCCUGUGUACAUAAUAUGUUAUUAAUAAAAUGGAUCUUCUCUCCUGUACUGUGUAUAAUAAUAUAAACAUUUCCAGUUAUGUUUUUCUCAUGUUUUGUGGACUCUUCAAAGACUAUGGAGGUAACUUUAUAUUUCUUUAUUUACUAAAAAAGGCUUUUGCAUUAGUUUAUAGAUCUUAAAGCAAUGCCCCACCCCCGGGGCGUGGUCCCUGGAGGUCAGCGACCCUUCUUACCCCUGCAUGAAACCUUCUUACAGAUAUUUUUUGUUGGCAGGUCUGCAACGUAUGUUCCAAUUUGCGGCCCGCCAAGUAACGAAAUAUUCUUUGUUGUCAUUAUUAUUAUUUUCUUACUAGAGGCCCACCCCCCUCCCCCCAUUUACCUUUCGGCCCACACAAGUUUUUUCAUGAAGUAUUGCGGCCCGCCUCACAUUUUGAGUUUUGCAGGCCUGGCUCAAAGAGUUACCUGAAGAGUAUAAAACUUUACCAUGAUGUGUCAUGAGUCUUUUCUUUUUGUCACCCCUCAUCUCUAAAUUUGCCAGUGUUUGUGUAAUUAAGUUAUUUAACUUUUUUCUGUACUUUUCUGUGUUUCUCUUGCAUAUCUUUUGACAAGUGUUAACAUUUGAAAUUUUGUUUAACCAACCUCCCCUCCCACAAAAUACCAUUUUCAUUGUGAUCAGGGGUGGCCAGCCCAUCAGAUGUUUAAAAAAUGAACUUGUUUCUUCAUUAAAUUUGUGCUUUUCUGUGACGGUGCGUGUCGGUAGGGCAUGCUUGCCCUAUUUUGGUUUGAUUUUUUUUUGUAUAAAUCAAUUCAAAGUAGUAAUCACAAAUCUUAAAUGCAAAUGAUGAAACUUUGUUAUUUAGUAUCUUCUAUAUGUGUAAACACAACCAUGUCAAGGGGCACGUAUAUUUCCAUUAACACUUCUUCAUUUGCUCUCCAAUUAAGUGUAGAAUGAUGCAAAACUAAAUUCCGGAAUGCAUAAAAAUGCAUCCGUGCAUUUUUGAGUUUAGCCCCCUCCCCUGUCUUUUUGCUUGGGUGCCUGCUGUCACAUCCCACAUUUCUUCUUCCUCACACCACCCCCAGAAAUAGUGACCUACGCCUUUUUAUCUAUAACAACAUAUAAUAAUUCUCUAGCUAUAUAUGGUUGUAUGGCUGUAGCACUUUGUUCAAUAGGCGUGCAAAAUAAAAUUCACAGAUGUUAGCACUAAUUGGGAUUCUUAUAAAGUGCACAACUUGAAGUCAUGUUUUUUCAAGUUACUUCAGUAGAACCGCCACCAAUGUUUGAGGGGGAGGGAUAUUUCAUAUAUAUUUAUGCAUGUAUAAAAGAGUUAAUUCUCGUUUAAAAUCUAUACAAAUUGUGUGUGUGUGGCUGCACAUGUAGAAGUAUUAUCAUUUACGAAUUAUUUACAUUGAGAAUAAAUACAUAAUUAUGGUUUAAUUGGUUUUAUUUGAUAGGAGUAGUGGCAAGGAGCUCACACGUGAUCAAAAUUGCCUUUGCAGCCAUUUAUUAGCUAGCCCACCCAUGCAGGACUAGAUAAUCACAUGUAGUCGUUGUGGUCUUAUCUAACCCAUAAUUGUUAUAUAUCAUAUUAUAAUAAUAUAUAAAAUUUUGUAUUUUUGGGGUUCAAGAAAUCUUAUUCAACUCUGAUUAAUAAUAAUGUGUGGAAUUAUUAAACUUAAACAUUCAAUUUUAUUAGGCUAUAAUUCUUGAAAUUUUACAUAAAUAAGUACAUUAUAUUAUUGUUCGUGAAUUACACGUUUAAAAAAAACCCUCUAAUUUUGGACCAACGGCUAACAUAACUUCAUAUUCUUAAAUCUCAAUGCCUCAGAAAAGUAUAAAGGUCGAGACAGACAAUUCCUUGCGACUAUUUCAGUUUUCACCCAACAGUCGUUUUCUGACUCACACUGGUAACGCAUCAGUGAAGUUGUGACGUGAAUUCUAUCCCAUUUAUUCCUGUUGACUCUAUCCGUCCGUCGGCUUGAUUUAAGGCAAGCACAUGGCCAGGUAGUAUGUCGGGAGUGUUUGCUCACAAAUACAGCAAGUCGGCUCAAAUCCAACGGCAAACUUUACCUGCACUGGAUACCUGUAAGUUUCUCAGAACCGUUGACCAACUUUAGAUGACGUCAUCGCGGCAGUCCAUUCAUGUCCAACAAAUGAGACACUAAUGUGCUGUGCGUUUCAGAGUUAAAUUUUUGCCUAAAAAUGCGUAUUUUUCAAUCUUUUUUUGUUGAUGUUAUUGUGAAUAUUAUAUUGAACUUACCUCAAAUAUCAGCGAUGUAAGAUCAACAGAUAAACUUCAGUAAGCUACAUGGGGGCUUAUUUGAUUGUUCGUGUUGUUGUUUUUUGGUUGAAAAACUAAACUUCUAUUUCACUAGAUGAUAUGGCCCGAUGUUACUUGGGUAAUAAUGAAAGGCAUACUGCGCUACUUUCUCCCUAAAUCGGGUUUUGAUAUUUAAUUUUGUAUCCUAGAAAUUAAAGUACUAAUUUUCCAAGCCCUUUAAUCAUAUAUAUUUAGUAGAAAAAUCAAACUUUUCUAUGUAUAGACAUUUACGUUCCUAGUAUCAUUGGGUUUUGAGAAGUGUUCAUUUUCUAUAUAAUAUAAGCCUAACACGCUUCAUAUGAUGAAUACAAAGAAAACAUAUUUUAAAAAAAUUGUAAAACCAUAAAUGUCCUUAAAUUUCAGAAAUGAUAAUUUACUUAUAGAAAUAUCUGUAAAAUUGAUCCAUUUGAUAUAUUAUCUUCAGUAAAAAAAAAAAAAAAAAUGUUCCUAACCUUUUGCCUCGCUCCUGAGCUAUAACGUUCAGAAAAUCGUAAAACACAAAACUCUUAUAUCUUAAGAACAAUCUCUGAUCCGAUGUUCACGUUAUUUUAAAAAAAAAAAAUGUAUGUAUUUUAGUGUUGUUGUUUUUUAUUAUCUACACCAAAUUUCAAACCCGUAACAUAAUCUGAAUUUAAGAUAACCAUGUUAAUAUGUACCAUAGAUCCCACAUUUUUCCUCGCCUUUGAAUAGUAAAAAACAGAAAAUGUUAAAAUACAUAGAUAACAAUUUUAUUUUAAAGCAACUAUGUACCAGUAUUGAACUGACCAUUACAACAUACUUUCAUACCUGUAAUUGUACAGCUAUUUAUGUUUAUAAAAAACAAAACAAAACAACAAAAAAACAAAAAAAACGAUAGAAGUGAAACUCAUUUUUUUAAAGAGUAAAUAUGACGUUCGUUUUAGCCGUGGUCCAGUUUGCUGGAGGUGUUUUGAAAGUGUAAACAAUGUCUGCCUGUCAAACCAUCAUUGUUGACUUCUUUUUUGUGGACAUGGCUUGACCAUUAUGUUUGUACGAUCUCAAGCCCGUUGAAGAAAUCAAAUUUUAUGCAGGGAUCAGAAACGCAGUCGAGUUCAUGAUUACAUAUGAAGGCGCCGGUGCACACUGCUUGCAUUACCACUUGAAUACCGCUGCUACUUCGGUUGAUUUCGCUAACAAAUUUAGUAAUUUAUUUCUUGCACAAGCUAGUCUUCAAGUGAGAAUUGGGGAGUGAUUUUAUAACAAACAUCUGCCCAAAUAUGCGUUCUUGAAAGGAGCAACAACAACAAAAAAAAAAAGAGAUGAGUUUAUUUUUGUGCGCGAUAUUUUCACACUGUGGCCCUCUUUUUAUGCUACUGAGGUUGAAUGUUGAACUUUCUUCAAAAAUCGCACGCACUGACUGAUACAGCCGCCGAUUGUUGUAAGUGUGCGCUGUUACUGUUAGAUAUUGCCUCUCCGUUGUUCUUAUGCGUAUGACCCAGCCAAUUUUGUACUGUGAGGAUUUAAAAUCCUCCCCCCUCCCCCUUUUUCGAAUCCCACCCACCCAACCCCCACUAUUCUCUCACAGUUAACCAUGCAAGGAUUAUCCGCCUGGUCUCUUCUGCUCGAUUGAUUUAUUUUUUUUCUUAUGCAGAGCAUGAAAAUAAAGGGAACGCUUUAAAAAGACGGUGUAAUUUGUGACGGCACAUGAUGUAUCAGCAGGGAGUCCUCCAUCAGAACAGACGGCUCACGUGAAGUCGUAGACCUGCGAGCCGUGGGCCGAGAUACUGUAAACACUUUCAUUUGCCGUCAGCGCUUUCUCUUCUCGUCCCGAACUCCCGUGGGUGGGUCUUGUUAGCUUAUGUUGUCCGCUGUGAACUUUUCUUAAUCACAUGUUUCUGACAACUAGUUUUUGGAGUGGUGUGGCAGAGUCCUUGCGAAUCUGUAUGGAAAUGACUCAGAAGAGCGACCAAAACCACAGUAGUUAGGACCGAAUCUUCUGCUACUCCACAGGAGCUGAACAUCCCCCCCCCCCAGCCUCUCCGUUAUUCAUGUUUUGUGUGUGUGUUUUUUUAAAAUAAAUUUUUGUAAGGGGUCUGCUCAUCUUUGGAAAAAUGGAAAAUGUUAAAUUUGCAAAGCUACUUCUGAUUUGAAUGGGGUGCAUGGUAGUAAAAUGGGACCAUGCUUGUUUUAACCAGUGGUUACCAAAUUGGUAAUGGGGGUUUUCCUAACGUUAUGCUUUAGGGAUUGAUAGAGCGGCAGCGGCAGUUUUAGAAUUUCUGGGAAACAUUGCUAACCUUUCACUUUCUUCAAAACUAGCUUUAAGUUUCUUACCAGCCCCCCCCCCCCCCCCAAGAGACGCGCACGAGAAGACAGACCAGAGUGGCACUUUUGGGUUUUCCAAUCUAUAGAUCUAAUAUAAAUGUUGCGAUUUUCCCAGCAAUGAGCGAAAAGAUCCUUCUUAGUCAGGGAGCAGAUUUGUUCAAAUGUAACAUCCCCAAGAACUAGUGCAUUGCAACCAUGACGAUUUAUAACAAUCCUUGUAUUGAAUAAUAUAUUUUUUUAAUGAUUUUUUUUUUUCAAAGUUACUUUUGAUUCACACGUUUGAAAUGUACCAUGUUAUGUUGCCAUUUUUUGUAAAGCGUUAAACACCGCCUAAUCUGUUUGUCCAAAUCAGAAUUCAGAAAUUAAACACAUGGAUUUCUGAAUGAAAUAAGAACUUAAAAUUUAAAAGAUGAUCACGAGUCUCUCAUUCCACCACCCCUCCUGUCUCUCUUCUCACCCACGCCCCCCCUUUCUGGAGAAAAAAAGAAGGAAGAAGAGGACAAAAACCCACCUUCUAGUUUCCACCCCAUAAUUUAAAUCCAUCAUUUCGAACUGUCUUCCUCUCGUGUCAAGCAUUAAACCCUGAUGAUGCUUGUUGUUUGCGCGCAUGCGACUCGUGUCUUCUAAUUACCGAGUGCAUUUUGAGACGUGGAAUUUGAUGUGGCUGUAAUCUACUUGUCGUGCCAAAUUAUCUGCCAGGCACAGAAAAAUCACGUGUCAUCAGUCCUUUCCCGCCCAUUGCGUUCAUUUUUCAAAUAGCGCGCUGCCGUGUCUGAAUAAUCAGUUGCGUCCCAAAUAGUGUUGAACCGCAGGCGUUUGAAAACACGUGUGCUUGUAUGAUAUUGUAUGAGAUAUGCCGAGAUUACCAGAGUUGUUCUAUUGUAGAAAUAUAUAAUGGGGGUACUAAAAAUUGUUAAUGUUUACUGUUACUGGAUAAAGGUUUUGUGUUAAAAACACUUCACCCUUAACCCCCACAGCGGCAUCGCUUAAAGCACAAGUUAUUUUUCAUUCUUUUCCAUUUACCCCCGCCCCCAAACACACACCUUUGUUUUCUCCUCCCCACACACACACCUUUUUUUUCCCCUUCAUCUCGUCCAAUUCGUUGAUGUAAUUUGUAUGGGGAAAGGGGCCUUUUCCUCUCCGGUUAAUUUUCCAAGCCAUGUAGAUCUCCACAGAGCCAGCAACGCGUUGAUUUCAUGGGCUGUUUGGCCCAGUGGGGCAACGAGCAGUAAGAUGGACGAAGGGGAGGCCGUGGUGGUGGUGGCGUGUGGUUGGUAGUAUCCUUGAUGAUGCUUUGGAAGGAACGAAUGUUCAGGGGGGGGGGCGGCUUCAUUCACGGCAACAGCCACUUCCAGGCAAGUGACGGGCGCAGCUUCGAUGUUUGGUUUAAACGGUCCGGUUACACUGCAGAUUUAGUUAUUGCACUGACAGACGUCUGGUGCGUGUGUGAUAGGAAACGUGGGACCAGGCCAGCACCCCUUCCGCCCUCACCUACAACUUUUAUUUACUGCCAGGUAUCUAGGAGCUAUUAAUGCUGUGUUUCUAGAAAGUCUGAUCCAACACGUCUCUGGCCUCCCAUCAAUGGGCUGAGNAUAUAUAUAUAUAUAUAUAUAUAUAUAUAUAUAUAUAUAUAUAUAUAUAUAUAUAUAUAUAUAUAUAUAUAUAUAUAUAUAUAUAUAUAUAUAUAUAUAUAUAUAUAUAUAAUUUCGUGACUCGAAAUUGCAAAAAAUGAAAAAUAUUGUACUCAAUGGGGGCUUUAGCAAUACGUUCUUGAGUGUUGCACUUGUCGGAAAUGUGCUCCGUCGGGUUGAUAAAGUCGAGCUAACAGAACGGUUACUGUAGGAACCCCCCCCCCCCCCCCACGGGUCAAAGGUUACGCGAAUGUUGUCUAAGGUAAUGGCGUCGAGUGAGCAGUGAGGGUUCUACAUCCACGUCUCCGCUCACCACUCGGAGCAGUUACUGUCUAAUCGAGUGCUGAUGGAAGCAAGGGCUACAACUCUGUUAUCACAUAUUUAGAGUUACCGACGGAGAGAAACUGGAGCUUGUGUGAUUUACUGGUAUAUACACACUUUACCUGGACAGGCCGUAGGUUUGAACAGAAUCAUAAACGGAAGUAUUUUUUUAUACAUGUGAAGUUCGAGUUUUGAAUAGACAUGUUAUUAUAAAGUAUUGUACACGGAGUAUAAGAAUAAAUUAUGAUAAUUAAUUACCGUUGCCAUCGGCCAGGAUUAUUAACACGCCACUUCUGCUCUAGCACCCGCGGAGUUGUCAGGUGUAUCCAAUUAUUAUGGACUUGUGUUCGUCCGCCAACCAAAAUGACUCAAUAUUCUUCGUGUUGUGUAUAGUUUGUAGUUUAAAUAUUACAGUUUGCUUCAAUAAGUUUUAUCUUCGAAUGGUCCAUGCAAUAAAUGCGAUGAUGUGAAUAUGUUGUUCUGUUCCACGCCGAGUUGUAGGAUGAGUAGGCGGGGUUUUUGUUUUGUUUUGGUAGGGGGGGGGUGGGGGAAAUCACGUGCUUAGAUGUGUUUUGGCUGUAAUCCGGCACGUCAAAGUCACUAUAUAGGCUGCUAUAUAGAUGAUAUACAGUGUGAUGCAAUGGGGACGUCGUAUGUAUAUUUCAUCACUGCGUCUUUAAUACUUUAAAAGCUACCUUGCGGUCGACGUGUGUUCGAAUCGUAUUGAAACGCUGAUGGAAGGGACAUCAAUAUUAGCAAGAUUAACUCGCCUUUAGUUUGUCCACACAAUUUGAACCGAGGCAGCUCUCUCUCCACCCCUGUAACUUAGCCCCCCCCCCCUCCCCCACUAUAUAUAAAUCAAUAUUUUAAUGACGAUGGCUUUGUGUGUUGCGGCCAUUAGGCUCUCACCAUCUGUGGGUUUGACCAUCCACGGAGACCUCCGUUCAAAUAAUGACCACCGCAUCCUUAAGUUUUGCCGAUACGUCUUACAAUGUACCAGCCCAUUAGCCCCCAACUGUAUCAACAUUGCGACCGACAAAAGCGAUGGCGGUUUUGUAGUGUAGCAAUUACCCCACACAUCAUUACUCCAUCCGUUCCCCUAAACCUGACGUUGUCAUUGUGUUUGGCGGGUCUGUCUCUGAUCAAAGAGGACGUGCUAGACCCUAGAAGCAACAGUUUGAAUGAAUGAAGAGCUCACCCCUCCCCUGUCCCGGGAUUCUCAAACUUUUAGAAUUUUGCUCAAAUUAAAUAGUCAUGUGAAAAUUAUGGUACCUUUAUGUGAAUGUUUUGUCAUUCGGGCCUGAUAUCUAUACAAUAUUAUCUUUUUGAAAUAUUUACAUCUAUGUUUACCAAUUGGAAAAUUGUAUACGCGCCGCUACAGGCAGGCCCAUGAACCGCUGAUUGAGAAUCGCUGCCCCGGUCUAUAAUCCGCUGGAGAGCGACUAAAGCCAAUACGACCGAAGCCAAUACGGUCAAACAGUGGCAAAGCUCGGCCACCGACCAAAUCUAAACCAAAACAUAGAAGAGCCGUGCGCGACAGGGUGGCGACGCGCUACAAUGCUCUCUGGUGGCUAUAAGGAGCAUAGCUUGGGGCCAACUCAAUUUUCGGUCUCCCAAUUAGCAAGAUCGUCAUAUUCUUCUUCUUUUUUUUUUUUUUUUUUUGGUGUGGCUUUUGUCAUAACCUGUACAGAACAGAAGGAAAAGGAAGUGUUUUAAGUAUUUUAAGGUUUUUUGUGCGUUCCGCCUAUAACUUGGUGUUGACUAAAGACUAAAGCAGCCAUUCACUGACUUGUUUUAAUGGCCCAUAGAUUUUGACGGCGUUGCUUUAUCACUUACCUGUAGUUGGGAUGGAGGUCUGAGCUUGAAGCUGUCGGGCUGCAUUGUUUCUAGGAUGAUGUUUCUUUUAUUGAAAGAGGCGUACUUUUCCAGGCUUGGCUGGCCAGCUAUUCUCGUUUAGAGCUAAUGGAUGUAACCGCUAAUUGUGUACAACCGUUGUUGUCUGUGUGGCCUUUUUCAUUGUGUGGGGGGGGGGGCAGUGUAGUAGGAAGGGGUGUGGGGGAGGGGGGCACCCACCCCCCCGGGCGGCACCUUUUCUGGGGGGGGGGGUUAAAUUAUAGUAUUGUUAUAUUCAACAUUGUAUAGUAUUUAUAACAGUGCACACUAUGAUAACGUAACCAUGUUAAAGACUUUUCAUUCCGCAUGAAAUAUAAACAUUCAUUAUAUUUAAUAACCAUUUGAAUUUUAUGUGUUUAAUAUUAAUUUUUUUUUUAAGUUUGCAAAAGUAAAUGCUUUUGAUUAAUUUUAAGAAAUUGUGUUAAUGAAAAUUUCUCAUAGUGUCUGGUGAAAAUUUUUAAGGAAAUAAUGAGUUUGUUAAACACUCAGUAGUAAAAAAAAAAAAAAAAAAAAAAAAAAAAAAAAAAAAAAAAAAAAAAAAAAAAAAAAAAAAAAAAAAAAAAAAAAAAAAAAAAAAAAAAGAAAAAAAAAAAAUUUAGAAAAGUCAUACCACCAUUAAGUCAUAAGAAAAGAUACAAAAAUAAAGCAAGUAUUAUCUGACACAGAAUAAGUGUGACUGAGAGUCAUCAACCACCUAACAAUACUCUUGCCUGUACCUUUAAGAGUGGUGGAACAAUCACUUAUAGAGAAGUAAAGCCGAUUCAAGGGGAUUCUCAUGUUAAUGGCUGCUUGCCCCUCUCCCUCCAUUCAUGCUAAUAACUGAUACUAAUUUGGACACAGCUUAUGUUUCCCUACCUUUGGCUUGUCAUCAUAUUUUAGAUACCCCCCCCCCCUCCCCUGUGGGGGGUUAUCAUUUAUAUCCACUGAAGUUGACCUCUGCAGCAGCCAUAUUCAGACCUGUUUACUCUCACAAUUUUGGUGUACAAUGUACGAUUUUGAGGUGUAUAUAUACUGUAUGUUUAUUUUUUUCUAUAAAUAUAACGUAUUGAACGAUUUUGUGAUGAUAUUGUACGAUUUUAUGAGUUUGAGGGUAUAAAGGUCUGCAUAUACUUUUGAAACCUAAUUUAAAUCAAAUUGUAUUUAGGUGUUUUGUGAGUGAGAACUGAUUUAUAAACGUGUAUCCUUAAAGAACCUGCAGUCUUCAACACAGUCCUAACUGAAAAUUCCCAGUGUGGAUGAACACAGAAUAAAGUCUUACGGAGUGCGCUCUUUUGAAGGGAUAGCGCCAAAAUUAUGGAACAGUUUGCCUCAAUCUUUGAGGGAAUUGAAAAUGAUAAAAAAAUCAUUUAAGAAACAUUUUAAAACUGUUUAAAUAGAUUUAAGAAAACCAGAGCGCAGUGAGCAUGCUAAAGUAGCAUAGAUACCAGCACUAUAUAAAUAUCCAAUCAUAUCAAAGCUUAUAUAAUAUUCACUAAAGAGUACACCACAACCCCUGAUAAUAAGGAUUCUCAAUAGUUUAAAAGGUGUUAAAUAAAUUCAAAUAAUCGUUUUCAGGAAAUAAGAUGCUAGAAGUACAAUAAGUUUACUUUUUCUCUGUCAGUGGAUUUGAAUGCUUUUCUCAUCUAGGUUAAUACUUAUACGUGGAUACUUAUACUUAUAUACUUAUAUGGGGUGUGGAUGUAUAUAUAUUAUAUAAAUUCAACUAAUUUGCUUACAUAAUAUGCAUUUAAUUAUUUUCUUUACCCAUGUCAUGACCCCUUCCAUUUUCAUUGAAGUGCCAGCUCUAAAACUUGGAAGGGGGAGGCACAUCUCACCUACUAAGAACCUCUACCUUAUUUUAGCCAUAAAACAAUUGGGGAUUUAUGAACAGAGCAGCCCCCUUAAAUGUGAAACUGGGUUAUUGUCAUGUUGCAUUUGUCACCAAUAGCGGUUCAUGUUUGCCUUUAAGGGCUGUCAACUACUGCUCUCAUUUCCUCCCACCUCAACCCCCCACAGACCAGUUACAAGUACCACAGACAUAUCUACACCCACAUUACUGUCUGGCUGAAGGAAACUACAAGACACCGUUUCCCUUUUAAGCUCGCUGAUAAGAUAAAACUGUAAUUGACUUUUUAUACAGCCAUUAAAAGAACAUUUAGCUGUUACCGCUCUCAGACAGAUGUAACUUACAGUUUGUUAUAAUUAGCUUCUUAAUGUGUUUGCUUACCUAGUAAGAGUACCGAUUUGCUUGUAUAGUAAAAUUUACAUUCACAUAUAAACAGACCGGAGUUCAAGCCUUUGGUGAUAAGAUGGCCUUUCAUGUGGAGGAAAUACACACAAAAAACCCUGAAGGAUUAUUUAAUAGAUAAAUGAAAAAGUUUCUUAACAUUCCAAAGAGAAUUUUUAACCCAACCAAAUGAAAAAGUUUUUUAACAUUCCAAAAAGAAUUUUUAACCCAACCCACCCCACCCCCACCCACCCCCCCCCCCCCCUCUUUUUAAUUUUUUUUUAUCAAGUCCAUUUAAAAUGUAUACCCCCUUAGUACAAAAUAUGUUAAUGGGGUGAUUUUUUUAUGGCUCACUUCAUGACACAAAGGGACUCGUGGACCAAUAUUCCCCCCUGGAGAGCUGGAACAUUUGUUUGUGCUAGUCAGUAAAUAUUUUUGUUUGACAUGAAUCUGAUAAUAAGAGAUUUAAUCAUUAUCUCAUGUUGGUCUCAUGAAAACAUCUGAUAAUACUACAUUCAUGUUAAUAAUUCAACUUUGAAUAUUUGUCGAAGCGGGGCACACAUUCAGUAAUAUGAAUGAAAUAGUUUGUGUGUGAAACAUCUGUGUUGCGAAGUGGCGUUUAUCCUGUUAAUCCAAGGCUACAACUAGUCAUAGACAUACAGGAAAAAAAAGUAUUGUCACUUUUUAGAACCACUUGUCUUGUGAUUUUUAUCUAUAAGUAAGUGAAAUCAAAACAAUUUACAGUAGAGGUUCCAAAGCAUUUGGCUCCUAUAUAUCUGGAUGCUGCCUUUGUUAUAAAAGUAUACUUGUGUGCAUGAAACCCAGUUGAUGAGUUUGGCCUUUUUUGUCUAUUCAUUGGAGCUCACGCUUGAUAUCACUGACUUCAAACAUUUUUUGUUUCUUUUUAAAUUUAUAUUUAUGCAUCUGUAUUAAAUAGAAUGCUGUUGGGAAAUAAAUCCACUAAAUGUGUUUGAUAAUAAAAGAAUGUAACACCAACAGGUUGUAGAAAUUGUGUUUUGGGAUUGUAAUUUACGGAACAGUUUGUAUCUUACAUCAUUUGAAUUUUACACAUUUUUUAAAAUUAGUUACAAAACAAAUAUUUGCAAUAUUCCUCUAUCAACAGCCAGAUUUCAGAUAGUGACACCUGCUAGGUCACAUGCCGCUUAUGUUGACCUGAAGCUCUGCCAUACUUGACCUAACAACAGUCAUCAUUGGGAACUUGAGGAUUACCAUCUAGUAGCCCAUAGGUAGGUCAGCUCUUUCCUUCUUAAGUUAAAACAUUACAUACCUUCCUAGGUAACGUAUAGUUUAAACAACUUGUAACCCAGCAUCUAGUUCAGUAGUUCUCAACUUGCAAUAUGCCAAUGGUCGCUUGGGAACUUCAAAUAUUAUUUUGAAAAUGUGCAUUUUUAUUUAGUUUCUCCUUUCAUUUUAAAAUUUAUAUUUUAUUAACAGUGAUCAAGGUCUGUUUUUAAAGCUAUCUAAAUUAACAGUUUGUGUUGAAAAUAGAAUAUAUUUUCUUUUGCUAUCUUAUGUGCACUGAACUAUUUAUCAAACCAUUUAUAUUAUUUACAGAUGGACGGAGGUGAAAGUGUUAGGUCCGGCCGGAGUGAGAGGUCUGAGCGGUCACACAGGAGUCAUGGAAGUCAUCAUGGGAAUGGUGGACAUCGCCAUCAUAACAGACCACAGGUGAUUACUGGCCAGUAACAACAAAAACACUAUGCAUAUAAUAUUAGCUGCUCACAACUAAACAAAGUUGUUUUUGCUUAUUUUUAUUUAAUUUAUUUUGCGUUCUCUCUCUCUUUUUCCAGAUACCCUCUCGUCCUGGAAGCAACAGAGCAAUGUCAAGAGGUCAAGGCCAUGACACAGACAGAGAUGAUAGGUCGGUUACCAUUAAAACUCCAGGUCAAGAGCAUGACAUUGAAAGAGGAGAUGAGAGAAUUGAGGUUCAGGUAAGAUACACACCACUGAGCAAGACAAUGAAUUAAGUUAUGUUUCUUGGAGUUGGUGGGUGAAGAAAAGAUGUGACCCUCAAGCAGGCCAGAGAAAUAAAUCUUGAUUAAAAUAAUGCAGUCCCUGCCUUAAUUCCUAUUUAUGUGACUGUCAUUGAAAGUAGUGAUGGGGGAAUAAAUUAGAUCACAAGGCUUGUCUAUUUGUUCAACUUUAUUAUGUCGUCAGCAUGAAAGGUUGCACAAAAAAAUAUCUUGUGAAAAGCGUCUACUUUUGUACUAAUCUAUACCUAGAAAUAGCUACCUUGGUUACAUCUGGUUAAGGACCAGAUCUUGUGGGAAAGUAUAAAACAGACCCCUACCAAAGCUACUAAGCAUUGUUAGUGUAUACUGUUAGCAUUAAAAAAACAAACAUUUUUCAGUAAAAGGAUUACAUAAAGAAAUUAUUAUUUAUUCAUGAAUAAGCAUAAGUAAAGGAGAUUCUUAUAUAACUGUUACUUGUGGGAAAACUGAAAAUCAUAACAUUUCUUUGGUGCUAAUGUUAAAGGCAACUUUAAAUUAAGAUGAAAGCAUGUGGCAGAAAUUGUAAUGGGUCUUUAUGGUGGUUUAAUAAAACAGCUGAAAGACCAGAGAGGCAAAGUUUUUCUGUAUUUCUUACCAGUGUAAUACUAUUUUACUUUAAUGUUUAUAUUACAGGUUAUACCACAAGAUGACAACUGGGGUGAUAACACUACAGCCAUCACUGGCAACACUAGUGAGACAGGCUUCUCUAUGGAGGACCUGGACAAGUUUGUUGUCAAGGAUACAGACAGACAGGUAUAAGAAAAGAUUAUUUGGCUGGCUUAGGAAGCAAAAUAUCUGAAAAAUAAUUUCUCAAAUGACUGUCUUAAUCAAUACUAUGUGGAAAAAGUUGGAAUAAUUAUUUUGAAUAUAUUUUUUCAUCUCAAACUGUUGUUAUAUCUCAUUCACGUAUAGAAAUGACAUUUAUUUUAUUUUAUUGGGAAAGUUGAAAUUAACUUUUGCCUUAUUCUGUCCAUACCACAGGCUGGGGUAAAUUGUGCAAGAUAUGUUGGUACAGCCCUGACUGUUGGUCUCAGUGCAAUAGCCUUCCUGUCUCCUAUAGCCAUGAUACUGCUGCCCAAGCUGGACAUUGUCCAGCUGAGUUCAGGGGAGUAUAAGCCAGAGUGUAAGCCUGAGUGCGAGGGCCUGUUGAUCAGCUUUGCUUUCAAGCUCUUGGUCCUACUUGUUGGAGCUGUUGCUCUUUUCUUUAGAAAAGUAAGUCAUCUGUCUGUCCAAAUUUUCAGGGACCUUUUUUUUUUUUUUUCUUUGUUUCAAAGCUGAAUGGGAAAAAAAUAAUAUCGUAUUUGUGAAAGCUAAUUUCCUACAUUGAUUCCACUGAUAUUUUAUCAAUAACUUAAAUUAAUAAACAACACCUCAACCUCUUCAAAGAAUGUAAAGUGUUCUGUUAACGGAAUGAUAAUGCAUGGGGUGAUAAAAGAGGAAGGGCUGGAAAUGUAUCCUUGCAUGUAAAAUGUAAAUGUACUUACAUUGUCUGGUUUUAAGUUUCCUUACCUUCAAAAGUAAAGGGAAAGUUCUCUCUGAAGGGAAAAUAUUUUUUUUAUUUGAUUGGCAAACGCAGUUAAAAUAUUGUUUUCACUGUUCACCCUUGAAUAUUUAUUUCUUUUCAGCCCAGAGCGACAAUGCCAAGAGUAUUUGUUUUUAGAGCAAUAGUUCUCUUUCUUGUCUUUGUUCUUACAUUUGCUUUCUGGCUUUUCUACGGAGUUAGGAUAUUCAAGGAGAAACAAGGAACUUAUGAGGUACUAAAGUGUUUUAUGUUCAGUGUUGUCACCCCAUGAUUAGCAGAUUAAUAAUUAAGCUUGCAUUUAAAAUACCCUGUAGUUAGUUAGGAAUAUAUUUUCAAGUUAAGCAGUUGUAAUUUUAUAUUAAGACCCCCAAAAAAUAUUCAUUGCCCUGUAGUUUUUUAUUUUUUUUAUUUUUUUUUUUUUUUUAACUUAAAAAAAAAAAAAAAUCUGUGUCCACAGGGCAUUGUUCAGUUUGCCUUGAGUCUGGUGGACAGUCUACUAUUUGUCCACUACAUAGCCAUCAUUCUGUUAGAGAUCAGACAUCUGCAGCCACAGUUUGCUAUACGAGUGGUGAGAUCACCUGACGGGGAAGCACGUGUGUACAGUGUUGGGGUACUGAGCAUACAGAGGGCAGCUGUACAUAUACUGGAGCAAUAUUAUAAAGAUUUUGAUGUAAGCAUAUUCAAAGGACGGUGGAUUGUAAUAGACAUUCAUCAGAGAAAACAUUUCCGUUGCAAAUUCCUUGUGCUCUGCCAGCCUUGCACAUAUAUUCACAUACACACAUAAUUUGUUUGAAAUUAAUCUUAAACUUCAACAUUGACUUUUAGCAAAAUAAAGUAAGCCAAAUGAUGCAAAUUGAAAUAGUGAAAUUAAGUGGAAUUCAAAUAUUGAAGCCUAUAUGCAUUGAGCAUAAAUGAAAGACAUUUGUUUAAAGCGUUGUUAUUCUUGGUUUAUUAAUUACUAUUAUAAUGAUACAUGGCAGUGCUUCCUGUAUUAAAAAAGAAUUGUAUUUUUCUGGAUGUUACCAUGCACCAAUAUUUAUGAAUAUUUUAGAGGUUUUUUUUUAAUCCUUAGAUAAUCCUUAAUAUUAUCUAUCUAACUUAAUAAACUACAUUUUCUCUUCUUUUCUCAUGGCUCAAAAUUCUUAAACUCAUUUCCUGUAGCUAUGUCUGUAACAGCACCCAAUGUUUUCCUACAUUCCAGACUUAUAACCCUUACUUAGAGAAUGUCACCAAGAAGCAUAGCAAACACUCAAGCACUGCAUUUAAAGUGUAUGACAUCGAUGGCAAUGCCCAGAACCAGCCUGGUCAGCAGGGCAGAAACAGGGCAGUCUUCCCACAAGCUGCACGUCGGCGAGAGGCGGGUCACAACGACAGGUUCUACGAUGAGCAAGAGUACGAGAGGCGUGUACGUAAGCGCCGGGCAAGAUUGCUCGUGGCGACAGAGGAGGCCUUUACUCAUAUUAAACGUUUGCAUGAUGAACAGAGUACGUGUCAUUGUUGUGGUUGUUUUAGCCUAAUGUCCAACUGAUUGAACAAAUUUUUAAUAUUGUUUUAUUAACAGAAGUGCUUUAGGGUCAAAGAAAUACAAUACAGUCACAUAAAAUAUGAAAUGAUUCAGUUUUAGAAAUUUGCUUUAUGUGCUGCUGCUGAUGCUUUGAAAAAAAAAAAAUUCAAUUUUAGAAGAAGAUAAGACAAAUUUGGGCAUUAAAAUAUACAAAGGGAUUUGAUAAUUCUCUUUCUUACAAUUUUUAAAUAGCAUUACAAUUAGCAUUUAUGGUAUAUUUUUGUUUAGUAUCAAGUUUAAAUAGUUUAAUUCUUUCUAAAUUCUAUGAGUAUAAUUAUUUUAAUGAAAAAAACCUGCUGACUUUAUUACGGUUUAUCUUGUUGUUUUUUUUAACAACACAUUUUCUUUUUUACUCUUGGCAGGUCCAGCCAUUCCUAUGGACCCUAAUGAAGCAGCUGCUGCAGUAUUUCCAUCUUUGGCUCGUGCCCUUCAAAAAUAUCUGCGGAUCACUCGCCAGCAGCCUCGCUACACUAUGGAGGCAGUACUUGGCCACUUAGCCUGCUGUAUCUCCCAUGACAUGAGCCCACGUGCGUUUGUCUCCCAAUACUUGACACAGGGGGCAGUGGUGUGCGGCAGCGAGCAGGAAGUGAAGGGAACUGAACGGUGGGUGCUGGUCUGUGAGCAGCUCUUGACGAGAGAGCUGGACAACAAGAUGGUGUUUCAGCUGAAGAAAGGACCUGUGUCUUUACUUUGCACUGUCAUGAAAAUACCCCACUUUAGUCUUACAGAGGAGAUGCUCCACCCAAAGUCCAACAAGUUUGUGCUGAGAUUAAACUCUGAAACCUCUGUAUGAUCCUACCUCCAUGUAGUGCAAAGUUGUCUGGAUUUGUUAUCUUUUUUUGUUGUCAAAACUGCAUUGAUCAGCUGACUUUGUAGGAAUGUGCGACAUAGAUGGGUCUAUUCCUCAUUUGAAGGAAGGCUGUGAAUGAUUCCUGCAUGACAUUUGUGAUGUUUGACACAGGAACUGAACUACUAAACUUAUUGAAGGAAAAAUUUAGAGGAGGUCUGAUACACAGAUGAUGAUGCUAAAUAGUUGUGAAUUGGGGCAGGAUACCACAACAGGCCUUAGGAAGAAAAAAAACAGCUAGUAAAGCUUUACAAACUUCUUUUUACUGAUGGUUUUUAAUCCAAUUAGGAGACCAUCGGAUUUUUUUUUAAAAAUCAUCAGAAAGUGUUAAUAGUGUGUUUAAAGUAUACAAUUGACUGUAAAAUAAAGCUUGUUGAUUUUCAGCCGUUGGAUUAUGGUGAGGAAUGAGGGACUGCGUUUAAGCCAUGUGAAGUAACUAAAUAGCUGAACCAGAUAUGUUUAGGCUUCUUGAAAAGAAAAGGGUGGACAAUUAAGCGGAGUUUAAGGCUAGAUGCCUUCUUCAGCAGACAAUGCAAAAUAUUUUGGUGCCAGUUGGUUGUUGAUGGAUGUGAUCAGCUUCAGUGUAUAAUGAUAUUAAGUAGUUAUUGGUGGAGCAAAUAAGAUGAAUUCUUUUUUUUUUUUUUUUAAAUAUUUGUAUGUAGUUCAUAGUGAGCCACGUAUUGAUCAAUGAGUUUGAAAAAAAACACUACGGCUAAGGCCAUGAAGUCAGCUGUGAUCCUGCCUUUGCUGCUAGGAGACCCAGGAGAUGCCAAUGUCAUUCCCAUUGUAUAGCUGUCAGCCAGGAUUCAUAAUUACAGAUACUUGACCCAUCAAAGGAUCAGUUAGCCAUAGAUUGAAUAGCUAUCUGGCUUGCCAUCAGAAUAUUCAGUUUUUGAUAUGAACAAUUAGCCAGUGAUAAUCUCACUUAGCUUGAUGUUGCCCAGAAUCUGAUGUACUUACAAGCACAAAUUCUUCUCAUCGACUAAAAAAAUGUUUUAAUAUUAAUCCAUUUAUAAACUGACACUAGGCACUUGUUAUUGCCUUGUUGACUUGUUUCAAGAUUUGUUAUGCUGGAAGCUUAGAUUGUAGUCACUAUUGCGCUCAAAAGGAUAAUAGUUUUUUUGUGUGCUUGUAUUAAAACUGGAUCUGCAGCGAGGUUGUACAAUUGUCAUCAGGAUUGUUUCCCCUCAGCUGACAACCAAAUGAUUCAGUUUUCUUUUUAUUGGCCCCACCCCACUGAACAAUACUUAAUUUAUAUAUUAAUUAAUUUUUAAUUUUCAAAUUUAUGGAUGAUCACAUCAAAUAUAAAAAUCCUACUGGAGUGGAUAUACUCUACUUAAUAAAAAAAGCCGAAGAAAAAAACCAUUGCAGUUAACAUGAAACCUUACAUUGAGGUAUGUGUCAACUUAUUUUUCAGGCUAUGCCUGGAAAGACUGGAAAUUUCCUCACUCCCUGGAAUACUUUUUGCACUUGUCUUUUCAUUGAGGAAAAGAAAAAGUAUUAAAACAUAUGGAAAUAAUGUAUUGGGAAUCCUGCUUGAAUUUCAUUGCACAGGGCUACAAAUAAAUUUCAUUUAGCUCAUUAAUUAUUAAUUUAGCAGCAAGGGGGCUC